AGUUAAAAAAAAAAAAGAAAAAAAAAAAAGGACACAGAGACACAGACAAGUAGACAACACAGCCACUCGCCGCCCACCCUCACACUUGAGUCUUGAGUACCUGCUUCAACUUCAAGCACUCUUACCCUCAAAUGGCCUCCAACACCUCCGCUAUCAUCGCUUGGGGGUCAGGAGAGGAUGGGCAAUUGGGAAUAGGGAACAACGAAGAGAAAGAAUGGGCGUAUCCCAUCAAAGCCCUCGAUUCCUAUUCCGUCCGCUCCGUCGUUGCCGGCAGCCGCAACUCCCUCGCCAUUUGCGACGACGGAAAGUUGUUCACGUGGGGGUGGAACCAAAGAGGGACAUUGGGGCACCCACCAGAGACCAAGACUGAGAACAUUCCAAGCCAGGUUAAGGCACUAGCCAAUGUUAAAAUUGUUCAGGCAGCCAUUGGUGGGUGGCACUGUUUGGCUGUGGAUGAACAAGGCCGAGCUUAUGCCUGGGGUGGAAAUGAGUACGGGCAAUGUGGGGAAGAACCAGAGAGGAAAGAUGACACUGGUAGGCCUUUGCGAAGGGAUAUAGUGAUUCCUAAGAUUUGUGCCCCAAAGCUUGUAGUUCGUCAGGUAGCUGCAGGAGGUACUCACUCUGUAGUACUCACACGUGAUGGGAAUGUAUGGACAUGGGGUCAGCCAUGGCCUCCUGGAGACAUAAAACAGAUCUCUGUUCCUGUUCGAGUACAAGGUCUUGAAAGUGUGAGGCUCAUUGCAGUUGGAGCAUUUCAUAACCUGGCUCUCCAAGAAGAUGGAACUUUAUGGGCAUGGGGUAAUAAUGAAUAUGGACAACUUGGAACCGGAGAUACUCAACCAAGAUCACAACCUAUUCCUGUUAAUGGGCUUUCUGGACUUACUUUGGUUGAUAUUGCUGCUGGAGGCUGGCAUUCUACUGCAUUGACGGAUGAUGGAGAAGUGAUCUCUCUCUCUCUCUCAAGACAUUCUUUUUGGUGUACAUCUAUUGUGUAUGGAUGGGGAAGAGGUGAACAUGGGAGGCUGGGAUUUGGAGAUAAUGACAAGAGCAGUAAAAUGGUGCCUCAGAGGGUUAAUUUACUAGCUGGAGAGGACAUUGUUCAGGUGUCUUGUGGAGGCACGCAUUCGGUUGCACUUACGCAUGAUGGGCGCAUAUUCUCAUUUGGUAGAGGUGACCAUGGACGUCUUGGAUAUGGUCGAAAGGUGACUACUGGUCAACCAUUGGAAGUGCCCAUAAACAUCCCACCUCCAAGAAAUCUUGGUGAUGCUGCAGCUGAGGGUCGUUGGAUUGCUAAACUCGUUGCUUGUGGGGGACGCCAUACUCUAGCUAUUGUUGAAUGGAAGGAUACUGAUGAAUCUAAACAGUGAUGUGAUUAAAUGAUGAUGCCAAGUUUCUAAAAACAAGCAUCAUAAAUUUUAGGCUGUAUAACUUAUAACUUAAGGGACACUUAUUAACAAAGCAACAUAGACGGAACAGUUUGAUCUGAUAAAUAAUUUGGUGAUUAGAUUGUUGGUUUUGAA